ACAGUUUUCCUUGUUCUAUGUUCUAGUGAAUUAAUUUAUGAAUAUUAAUAUUAAUUAAAAAAUCUAUUGAAAUUACAAAUGUGGCAUAAUCUCAAUGAAGAUUCCCCCACACACAAGAUUGGGAAUAAGUUGCUGAAACAAAAAAGUCGUCGGUUGCUCGAUGGAGUUUUACGGAAAAGGAUAUUAGUUGAUUCAAUGAGAGGAUAUGGCGACGAACUACAAUAUAAUGUUGCUUGUCGCUCACCAAAUUACAGACCAGAAGAUUUAUCUAGCGCUUUGGACAGAUUAAGAUUUAUCAAACAGUCUCUGAUGAAUAGAGGCAGACCAGAUCCUGAUGGCUUUCUUAUUUUGCAAAAAAGAGAAGGUUUCGCAGCCCCCGUGUACACCCCAAAAACAAUGGCGUCUGACCGCAAUGCUAACUACCUCACAAAACCAUUUGCAAUAAAUACUGGCAAGCAAAAACCUCCGAUAUUUGUAUUUUCGUCUUCACCUUCAGAGAUGCAUGCCCCAACACAUAUUUACGAAGAGAAACCUCUUGUUCACACCAAAAACUCCGCUCGAAGUGCUAUAUCAAACGCUUUGUCUAAUUCUAUGGGAUUCAUGGAUUUCUCUGCUCAAAGUCAUAACACUCCUAAUUUCGUGAUUAAGAACAAUUACGCACCAACGACCAAAAGUGGAAACAGUAGAAUUGUUCCGAUAAAUGUACAGCAAAAAACGUCACCUCGGACUGGAACAAAACACUUCGAUUCGACUCAAAAAACAAAUAGAGACAAAACGGCCCAAUCCAGAUGCAAAAGCACAAUAUAUGUACCAAUGUCAGUAACAACUAACUCAACGUCCAAUUCUUCCAUUAUAACAAUGCCCAUGAAUCAUUGCAACUUCAUGGCAGAGUCGAAAAAUUCUCCUUCGCACAUGGAUUUUGUGACUCAAUCGAAUUCCCAGAUAAAAUCGUGCAGAGACACUUCCGUUGAACAAUUUUCUCCGCCAGCUUUAUCGCUAGAUUCCACCAAAUUAAGCAAUGGAGGUGCAUCAAAAUUCCGAAUUAAGAAAAUAUCUAUAGCAGCAGUACCCAACCAACAAAAGCCAAACACACGGACUGAGCCACGACGAAAUUACGUUACAGGCGUAAUGAUACAGAAAAAUGGUUCUUCUUCUAUAAGAAAAAACUUGAUCCCUGAUUAUAAUACAAAUGAAUUGACAAAAAAUAACUUAAAAGAUAAUGACAAAAAUAUAAUCGUAAAACAAACUCAUAGGUCUGCAAUGAAGCCCCAAAUCAGCGAUUUCAGGCAUGCAGAUGUUUCGGAAGAUGUCAAAGACGGUAGGAACGCGGACACUGUGAAAAGAAAGGUUUCAUCAACGUAUGAAGCAUCUCGAAUCUCUAAAGAGAAAUUUUUUGAUGUCAUAAAUAACACAAACGAGUAUAAGAAUACGACGAUUACUCUUGUUACGAACGGAUCCACACCACACGUGAGAGAAGAACCAGUGCAACCAAUUGUCGCUCCUAAAGUUGAAUCUGAAAAGCCCGAAAUUCCAAGAUUUUAUUUUCCAAAAGGAAAACCACGAUCACAAGAUGAAAUUCAUACAACAAUUCAGAAAAUAUCGGAAAUUUGUAGUUGCUUUGAUGGGGGAAUGGUUCCAUUAACGGAAAUGGGAUUGGUUGCUAAAGCUUGCAAUUUGUCAAUUUAUUGGAAAGGAGCACUUUUCUACGCCGCGGCGGACGACAUUGAUGCCAAAGAAGUGUCAGAGUCCUCAUUGAUACGAAUGUGGAAAAAAGUGACAUCCACUAAUCACGACCAAUCGUCAAGGUUUGUUGCAUUGUUGUGCAAACCUACAAAAAAUUGUCUCGAUUUUGAAGAUUUUCUACCUCUUUUAAAAGAUAUCGUGGAUUCGCAUCCUGGUUUAGUGUUUCUAAAGGACGCUCCUGAGUUCCAUACAAGAUAUAUGAACACGGUUAUUGCAAGAAUAUUCUACGUCGUAAACAGAUCAUGGUCGGGUCAAAUCACCGCACAAGAGUUGAGAAAAAGUAACUUUUUAACAGUUUUAUCAUUACUUGAAGAAGAAGAUGACAUCAACGCUAUUACUGAUUAUUUUUCAUAUGAACAUUUUUACGUCAUUUACUGUAAAUUUUGGGAAUUAGACACAGACCAUGAUCUUGUUAUCGACAAACAUGAUCUAAUAGGUUAUGGAGAUGGAGUAUUAUCAAGCAGAUUGAUAGAGAGAGUAUUAUCAGGUGCUGUAACAAGAUGGGAUACAUCUGACCAUCAACUCAGCAGAAUGUCAUAUGUUGAUUUUGUUUGGUUCAUUUUAUCCGAAGAAGAUAAGAAAUCUCCGACAAGCAUUGAAUAUUGGUUCCGAUGUAUGGAUCUCGACGGAGACGGAGUCAUAUCGAUGUAUGAAAUGGAAUAUUUUUAUGAAGAGCAGUCACAAAAAUUAGAACAACUUGAUAUUGAACCACUACCAUUUGAAGACUGCAUUUGUCAGAUAUUUGACAUUGUUAAUCCAAAAUACCCAGGAAGAGUCAGUUUGAAAGAUUUGAAAACUUGUAAAAUGGCUCACGUGUUUUUUGAUACAUUCUUCAAUAUUGCCAAAUACCUCAACAAUGAACAAAAAGAUCCUCUUGCGCCACAAAAUAAUAUGGAUGGAUCAAUUAUGGCGAUGAGCGAUUGGGACAAUUUCGCAGCAGAAGAAUACGAAAUGCUCGUCGCCGAAGAACAAUCCACAAAAUUGACGGAUUUGAGCAAAAUUCUUUUGGAAGAAGACGAUUCAGCGGAUAUUCUUGAUCGAACGGAAGAUCUAUCAGAAAUGAAAAUAUCAAAUUCAAAUAAUCCAUAUAUCAAAACGGAAAACAACAAUAAUGAUCAGUUACGAGAAUCUUACUCUGAUAAAAAGUUUAUCGAAGGUGCAACAAGUAGUUCUCGUAUUGAACCAGGGACACAAAUAGCUCAGACUUUGAUUUGAAAUUCAUAUAUUCCUUAUAUCAUUCAACAUGAAAAUAUUGGUGAUACUGUGUGAUUGUAGCACGAAUGAACCAGAUGCUGCUCUCGCAAAUACCAGAAUAACAAGACGAAAGAAAUGAACUAUGACGCUCAGUUUUAUGAAUCCGAUCAUUAACAAUCACACGUAGUUCACUUAGACUGCAUUUGAUUCCCUAACUGCGGACAAAACGACUACUUUUUUGUUGCAUUCCGGAUAAAAUACUACGAUUUACCGAUUUCAAGAGAUACAAUUAACCAUCGAAUAAUUCCUCGUUAUAGGUAUUUCUGUAAUUUCUGACUUGUUGAAAUUAUGAGAUGCGAUUUUAUCAUCAGAUUCCAAUGUUCGUGUCAGAUUGGUCAUUAAACUAUUUUGCUACACAUUUUAUUGUCCCGACUUCAGAGCAGACAAACUGGCGAUUGAACUGUAAAUUAAAAUUCGACUUGGCUAUGAAAGCAAGAUGAAUGAUUUUGAUUUGAAAAUGUGACACUCGUCGUUGCCACAUUAACAAAAAUGUCGGUACCUUUAUAUAUACUUCUCGUCUUUUAGUUUUUUUGUUGGUAAAGAUUAUUCAAAUAGUUUACUAUAACGAAUGGAUGAAUUGCUGAUUAGACAGUCGCGCUAAUACCUAACCCUGAUAUUCAUAUAAAUGAAUGUUUACAUUGGUUCGGCUUGAUUAGUGCCCAUAAUUACUCCCCGUCCCAAAGAUGACAACACGUAUAAUUAAACUUUUUGUUUUCUGAGGAUAGUACUUUCAAUUUUUGAAUGUCAUUUUUUGUAAUUUUUUCAACUUGAGCAUACAAAUUUUACUAUUUCAUGAUUUAAUUUUAUCUUUUAUUGUUUUAUCUUAAUGAUUAGAACGAAAACAAAAUAACGUUUUUGUAGGAGUCGUAAAUUUAAAUUAAAGUCUUGCUUUUCAAAUCAGUAGUUACUGAAAGCAUUUAUACGAAUGAAAGAGAAAAAGUAAAUCAUA